AUGGAAUGGGAACAACAGCUCAAGAAGAAGUACGAGCAGCACCAAGUUCGCAUGAAGUUCGAGGUAGUACCACCAACUGCCCUCACUGAGGUGUACCAUCACAUUGAUGACUCUCUGUCGGCGACCAACAGCCUUGCCCCAAGGCUUGCACGAUUGUCUCGUGGUGUAGCAUUCGGCACAGACACACACCCGCACUGCCGUCGAUGCUCGAAGCAGUUUCCGCGCACACUACUCCAGCUUUAUGACAACCUCGUCACGCAGACGGAAUGUGCCCCAGAACGAUUCAGCGCUAUUGAGCUUUGCCAAAACCAAGCCAUUUCCAAGAACUCCCCCCCCCCACAACAGUUGUUGCGGAUUCAAAGUUAA